AUGCCUCACUCCGUUCCUGUACCCUUCUCUGGUUUCCAGGCCAUUAUCCUGUGUGGUCCUGGAGUUUCGCUCAAUACUUUCACAUCCAACCCUGAAGAGUUUCCCAAAGCUCUUAUACCAAUCGCCAACAGGCCGAUGGUAUGGUAUCCUCUAGACUGGUGCUAUCGAAUGGGCAUAACCAAUAUUACAUUAGUGACACCCCCGGCUAGUCAAGCUCCUCUCGAGGCAGCACUUUCGCAAAACCCACAUCUUACAUCGCUUCCUGCCCCUUCACCAUCCGUCCUUGCGCCGAGCGGGUUGACUUUGACCACCGGUACUGCAGAGUUGCUUCGCUUUCCCGAAGUACAAUCAGCUAUAAAAUCAAACUUUAUCCUCUUACCGUGCGAUCUCAUUUGCGAUAUACCGGGAGAGUCCCUCCUCGAAUCAUGGAUGGUAUCUCAAGCUUCUCUCAGCGGAUCGGGGCAAGAACAAAGCUUAAAACACGGGGGUAAUAUCAAAUUCUCAGAUGUCCGCGGCGAAAAUGCAGGACGUAGAGGUGGUCUUGGAGUAUGGUAUCAGACACGCGACAAAGAAGAAAGCGUCAAGGGAGAAGUCGCAGAUUUCGUUGCGACUGCUGCGUUGGAUCAGAAUGAGGCUCCGGCUGUAUACCCUCCCGUUGACGGGCCUGGGUCCAUACGGUACAAUCUGUCGAAACUGGUAUAUGCUAUGCCGAUGGAUUCUCUAAAAGAAAAAAUGGAAGAGGAGAAGGGGCUUUUGAUCAGACAUUCGCUUGUCAACAAGCAUGCGCGGAUAAAACUGUUGACUACGUAUCGUGAUGCGCACAUUUACGUGUUUCCUUACUGGGUCAAGGAGUUGGCAAGGAGAAACGAAAAGUUUCAAAGCAUAAGUGAGGAUUUGGUCGGUUGGUGGGCAAAAGCAGAGUGGCAGAAGGGACUAGGCGAGAAGCUGGGUCUGAGGGAGAUUUUUGAAGAAGCCAACAACGCAGCAGACAACGCGAGUCAUGACGGCGAUGAGGUCGAAGAUGAAGUUGACUUGCGAGCAAUGAGCACGACCAAAGCUAGCACUGGAGAGUUGCAAAACACAGGUCUCACCGGCGUAUUGACUAGGCCACGCUUGGCAUCGCGAGUCAACACCAUGGCCUCUGAAGCCGAUUUCGACAGCGCCGUAGCAGCUCAAAACAAGAACUCGAAAUUAGCCGUUCCGCCAAUCUUUGCCUACAUCCACUCUUCACUACCCUCUGCACCAUUAGUACGACGCGUCGACAGCUCAGCGCUUUUGCUAUCUGUGUCUCUAAAACUAGCAAAACUGGACGCAAUUGAAGAAGUCGGCCGCCCCAACUCAUCCCCAUUUGCGCACACCGCCAAAGUCGCGUACCCAGCCGGCAUCGCUCAACGCUGCACAGUAACACGACAAGACUGCCUGCUCGCGGAGAACGUGACCGUGGAAGAGAAAUGCGUUAUCAAGGAAAGCGUCAUCGGCGCAAACUGCCACAUUGCGUCCGGCGCGCGCCUAACGCGCUGCGUCGUGAUGGCAGGCGCAGUGAUCGGUCCGAGGUCAGUUCUGACGGGCUGCGUGAUUGGGAAUCGAUCCAAGAUUGGACGCGAAUGCAAUCUCAAGGAUUGCGAGGUCCAGGAUGGGAAUGCGGUGCCUGAUGAGACGGAUGCGAAGAAUGAGAAGUUUAUGGUGUUUGAGGGUCUUGAUACUGAGGAUGGAGAUGGGGAAGGGAUGAGCGUGGAUGACGAAAUGGGCGCUGGUGCCGAUGAUGGGGAUGCGAAUUUAGGCUUUUAG